AUGACAAUGGAACACUCCAAAGAAGCCACUAUGGACUUGGACACAGUCCCGGGCAACACCGUCGACUUGCCUGAUUCCACCAUGGGCGCCAGCUCGAUCGUGAUAGAUCCCGUGCUAGAGAAGCGCGCCAUUGCAAAGUUUGACAAGUUUAUGAUGCCGCAAAUGGCACUUCUCAUGCUCAUUGCUUAUCUCGACCGGACCAAUAUUGGCAAUGCCCGAGUGUUUGGCUUUGAAGAGGGUCUGAAACUCGUCGGAACACAAUUCAACGACUUGUCGACAUUGUUCUACCCGACCUAUGUUCUCUUCGAGAUCCCGUGGGUUAUGGCCGUCAAGAGGUGGGGAGCCAACGCUGUCCUUGCCGUCGCCAUGAUCGGCUGGAGUGUCAUCACUAUCGGGACCGGCUUCAUCCACACCUAUCAGCAGGGCAUUGCCGUCCGCCUUCUUCUCGGCAUGUUCGAGUCCGGCCUCUUCCCCUGCCUUGCCUUCCUGAUUUCCACCGUCUAUUCCCGAGCCCAGCAGGCCAAGCGUAUCGCCGUGCUCUACGGUGCUAUCGCUCUUUCCGGUGCCUUCGGUGGGCUGAUCGCCUACGGCAUCCAGACAAUGGGCGAAAAGGCCGGUCUUGCGGCCUGGCGCUGGCUCUUCAUCAUUGAGGGCUGCAUCUCCAUCGUGGUCGGCUUGGCUCUCUGGGUCACGCUCCCCUUCGACUCCGAAAGGGCCUGGUUUCUCAACGCUGAGGAACGCAAUGUCAUGAGCCUGCGCAUCAAGCGUGACGCGGCGUACAAGGGCGACCAGAAGUUCGAGUGGAAGUACGCCAAGAUGGCCUUCACCGAGCCCAUCAUCUACAUCGCCGCCAUCGGCAUGUUCUGCUCGUCCAUCCCGCUAUUUGGCUUUACGACCUUCUUGCCAACUCUCAUCGUCGGUUUUGGAUACUCUUCGCUGCAGGCCAACUACCUCUCUAUCCCUGUCUACGUCUUUGCAACCCUGUUCCUCUGUCUCAUCGCCUGGCUCUCCGACAAGCUCAACAAGCGCGGUAUCAUCGCCAUGAUCGUCCCCAUCCCCGUUCUCAUUGGCUACGCGAUCGCUGUCGGAACCGGAAACCACGGCGCAGACUUGUUUGCCAUGUUCCUGGUUGCUGCUGGCGUCUACCCUUACAACACCCUCGUCGUCACCUGGGUGACGAACAACCUGCAGAACGACCACGUGCGCUCCGUCGGCAUCCCCCUACUAAUCUCGAUCGCCAACGCAUCCGGCAUCCCGUCGUCCCAGAUCUACCCCAAGAAGGACUCGCCGAGAUAUAUAAUGGGCAAUGCGGUCUCGCUGGCCAUGGAGGCCAUCGCGCUGAUCGCUGUCGGUCUGAUUUACAUCGUGGUCCGCAGGAGAAACGCAAAACAGGCCGGCGACUUCCAGUUGGCAGUAUAA